AGUAAAGUCUGAGUUUCGAAAAAGAAAGAGAGACAGGCAGAAAUUAAAUUCAUGGACUUUCCUAGUUUUAGUCAGCUUGCUUCAUUUCUGACAGAAAAUAAUGUGUUUGUUUUUUUAGCCAACUUGUAAUUGGAGGCAGAACCUAUAAGCAGAAGACGCUGCCAUCAAAGACUACAUCCUCAGCGUCUGAUGAAGACUAGCUGGCAGAGACGUAUUUGUCAUGUUAAUGUGAAUUAAGAAAUGAGAGGAGCAGCUAUGAGUUUAAGUGCAGCAGCCAGUGGAUUUGUUCUCUUCCUUCUCUCUCUAACAGUGGUACAGAGUCAGAAUGAUUAUGGAGUGACUUACACUUCUACUCAGAUCUGUGCUGUAAAAGGAUCAACAGUGGUCAUAGGCUGCUGGUUCAUAUACCCUUCAAGAGUAAAUGUGUUAAAAAGAGUUUGGUUCACUAAAGAGAACAAUUAUAACCCUGAAGAUCUGAAAACAGACCCAGUGUAUGCAGGUCGAGUGUCGUACAGUUCUCAGUGGAAGAGCUGCACUCUGACAAUCAGAGACCUGAGAGAGAGCGACUCAGCUGUGUACAAGUUCAGGUUUGAAACAUACUGGGAGAGUUUUACUGGUUUACCUGGAGUCACUCUGACUGUCACAGCUCUUCAGGUACACGUGAAAAAAUCAUCACAUUCUAACUGGGCAACACUGACUUGUCAGAGCAGUUGUCAACUACAUGAUCGUCCCUCCUACAUUUGGUACAAAAAUGGACAGAUAAUUUCUACUGGUAACCAUUACUGGUAUUCACACUAUCUGAAGCUUACAGAUAGCUACUCCUGUGCUUUUAGAGAUCAUGAAGCUUCACCUUCUCCAUCAGUGUGUUAUCAAGGUGAUUCGUGCAACAGAGUGAAUUACAGUAACAGAAGAAUCUGUGCAUUCAAAGGCUCAUCAGUGGACAUUUCUUCUACUUACAACAGCUAUGAAAGUCAAAUCCAAUCACAAUUCUGGUUCCGUUCUGGUCGUGGAUCUGAGGACCUCAGAGAAGACUCCCAGUAUGCAGGUCGUGUUGAGCUGAUUGAAACAGAGAGAGGACGCUCCACUCUGAGAAUCAGAGACCUGACAGAGAGUGAUUCAGCCCAGUAUCACUUCAAAUUCAAAACACAAAGCUUUGAAUGGAAGAGUAGUUUACCUGGAACAACUCUGACUGUCACAGAUGUUCAGGUCAGAGUGUCCACUGGACGAAAGUUGGAUUGUGUCACCAGGUGUAAUCCUUAUGUUUCAUCUUAUGUCUGGUACAAAAAUGGACAACAAGUGAAUGGAGCCACCUCUUCUUCUUAUGAAGCGUCAUAUGACACUUCAAACAGCUACUCAUGUGCUUUAAAAGGAUUUGAGGAUUUUCACUCUCUGUUAGUUUGUAUAUAUGGUGAACGGUGCAACAGAGUGAAUUACAGUAACAGAAGAAUCUGUGCAUUCAAAGGCUCAUCAGUGGACAUUUCUUCUACUUACAACAGCUAUGAAAGACAAAUCCAAUCAACAUCCUGGUUCCGUUCUGGUCGUGGAUCUGAGGACCUCAGAGAAGACUCCCAGUAUGCAGGUCGUGUUGAGCUGAUUGAAACAGUGACAGGACGCUCCACUCUGAGAAUCAGAGACCUGACAGAGAGUGAUUCAGCCCAGUAUCACUUCAAAUUCAAAACACAAAGAUUUGAAUGGGGGAGUAGUUUACCUGGAACAAUUCUGACUGUCACAGCUCUGCAGGUGAAGGUGAGCAGAAUAAUAUCAGUCCAUGAGUCUCAGACUGAGGCAGAGCUGAAGUGUGAAAGCAGCUGCACUCCAGCUGGUCAUCUUUUGUUUGUGUGGUUCAAAAACAAUCAGUUUAUGGUUGAACAAAGUUCUUAUCAAGAUCUGUUCAGUCCUGGAGACGUCAUCUCCUGUGCUUUCAAAGGACACGAAGAUUAUCGCUCAGAUCCUGUGUAUGCUCCAAAGCUUCCCUCUGUAUCAGUGAGUCCCUCUAAGGAGAUAGUGGAGGGCAGUCCAGUGACUCUAACAUGUAGCAGUGAUGCUAACCCAACUAAAUAUACCUGGUACAAGGAACAAAGUCUGAUCAGUAGAGAACAGCAGCUCAUCUUCAACCCGAUCCAGUCUGCUGACUCUGGAGAAUAUUACUGUACCGCUGAGAAAGAGCUGGGCAAAUGGCCAAUAAUUAAUUACAUCUCUAUCAAUGUAAAUUAUGCUCCAAAGCUUCCCUCUGUGUCAGUGAGUCCCUCUGCUGAGAUAGUGGAGGGCAGUUCAGUGACUCUGACCUGUAGCAGUGAUGCUAACCCAGCAGCUACAUACACCUGGUACAAGGAGAAAGAUCAUGAACAUCUCAGUGAAGACUCACAGCUCAUCUUCAGCUCCAUCCAGCCCUCUGACUCUGGAGAAUAUUACUGUACAGCUGAGAAUGAGCUGGGCGAAAAAAAAUCUGACUCCAUCUUCAUCAAUGUGAAAUAUCCUCAAAAGCCUCCCUCUGUAACAGUGAGUCCGUCUGGUGAGAUCGGUGAGGGCAGUCCAGUGACUCUGAUCUGUAGCACAGUCAGUUGUUCUCCUGGCAUUAGGAACAAUCAAGACUCAUGGAAAAAAACAGCUGCAGUUGCAUCAAUCACUGUUCUAUUUCUGGCUGUCAUAAUCAUCACUGGAAUCAUAUUCAUUAGAAGAAAAGGGUGCUUUAAAACAAAUUCAUCCAGAGAGAGGCCAGACAACAAACCAGAGGAAAAUGCAUAUUAUUAUUACACACUUAACGCUCCGCAAAGUGGAUGUCCGGAGCGUGGCGGCCCUUCAGCUCCACCAGCUUCAGCACAGAGUAGAGCAGCAGAGGAGCAGCAGGAUGAUCUUUGCUAUUCCAGUGUAACUUUCAUAAAGAAGCCAGAAGAGCACGACUACUACAACAUUCUCCCCAUUAAGACCAAAAGACGAAAAGAAAAGGAUGAAGAAGUAACAGAUGUGGACUACACUGUGGUCAGAUUAAACAGCACCCAAAGAUUAAGAGAUCAACAGGCUGCAGAGUAUUCAUCAGCACUAUACAGCACAGUCAGGAAAAAGUAGAGUAUGAACAUGAAUGUGUGUCUUCAGUGUACAUAUUUAAUGCUUUUAGGAAGAUACUGCUGUUUAUAGCUGUGUUUGCAUUUUGAUAAAGAAUGAUGCAACAGAUGAAACAAGUAGUGUCCUUGGACAGUGGACUUCCUUUUCCUGUCUACACAUGUAACUAGUUUCUUGAAGACCUCAACAAGAGGAACAUUGCAGAAUUUAUUGAGGCAAUCUUGGAAAAGCAAAAUGUGUUUGCACCACAAGUGCACUCUGAUCAUAGUUCUGAUGGCAACAGCUGCCAGACAGGAUUAAAUAAAUAAAAAAUCAGUCUAACUUUACAGAAAUAAAAUCUUACUACAGCUAACAAGAAGCCCAAGGCCUCUUUAGGCAAUAUGCACUCUUUAGGGAAUUGUAUUGUAUUUUGUCCUGCUGAAACCCAUUUUAAUGUACUUAACAUAAUUGUGAGUAUAAUUAUUUUUUAUUUGUGUGGAUAUGAGAUAUAGGAGUCUUUGCAGAACAGCAGGAGGUAGGUCUGAUUAAUCUUAAAGUCCUGGUGCUUUGACCCUCCUGAACUGCGCUCAUGUGUCGAUUACAGCUGUGUUUAGCUGUAUGUUUUUAUCUUUAUACUUAUUUCCUUCAUAAUGAAUCAGAGGGAGCAUGAUUUUGUCCAUCAUUCAAGUCAUCCUUGUUAUUUUGAGUAAAAUUAGAAAUGUUUCACUGAGAUUAAAUAAAAUAAAACAAAAUAA